GGCCGGUACAGCAUGCACUUUUCUAAGGAUGAAGAAAAACAAUGGUGGGAUUUCCAGUACCAUCCCUCUUCACCUAACAGUUGACAAAAGGAACAAGUUAAAUGGAAAUAUUGGCUGAUCUAUCAGUAUUCCAGGAUAGCAGAGUUGAGGCAUUUACAUGUAUGCAUUCACUUAUUCAUAUAAUAAGUCUUCCCAUGCAUCUCAGUAGCCGUCGAAGAAAGAGAGGACUUCUCACUGCUCACAAUACACGAGGGUCUAUUGCGCAGCUUAUAUUAGCAACAUCUCGAGCAGGCUACAACAGCAGAACUGAUAUACCUCUGAUCAACUAUAAUAAAUCCAUCCCCUUCCCACCGACUUGAGCCGUUAUAUUUCUUUGGGUACAUUUACAUCCGCACUUCAUUCAUCCCCAUUUUAUGUAACUACUCUUCCCUGCUCCACAGGAACCCUCUUGCAUUUGACAACUUCCUCAUACCCCGUUCUUUUGGUAUCCAUAUCUACAUCUCAACACAGACAAUUCUCCCUAUAUCUUUCUUUUUUUAACUCAUUCUGAGCUUCACCAUCCAAGAGGAAAAGUUAUCCUAAAUAAAUAAGUCUUCUUGAGGUAAUCAGUGAGUUUUCAAAUCCUUUCAAUUUAGCUUUAGGACUCCUUGACUUUCCAAUAACCACAUCGUUUUCUUAAAAAAAUAAAUAAAUAAAAUAAUAAUAAUAAAUACAAAGUAAAAAAAAAUAAAUAAAAAAAAAAUAAAAAUAAAAAUGGAUAAAAAUCAAGAAGAAAUCAUAGUAACAAGGUUUGGUAUUGAAUUGAAGUUUCUAACAAAGUUGAAAUAAUUAAAAUCUAUCAAUUAAUAAAGGCUUUGAAGGAAGCUGAAGGUGUUAAUCGGAAACGAAAGCCACGGUGGCAUGGUGGGGGGGAAGGGUAAGUAAGGUAAAGGAGUACGUGUGUGGAAGCUCUUCUGUUGUAGCCAUCUCUGGAGUAAUCGCGGAGGAAGCGAGGUGUCAGAUAGAUGGAUGGUGAAGUAUCAUUUGCAAUGAUGUUUUUCAUACAUAAACCAGAAAAAAAGGCUUCUAUAACAGUAGCUCUUGGCGUUUGAUUUUUGUUAGCGUGUUCAUUUUCCUGAUUAUUUAUCCUUAAAGCCGUUUAUCAUUAUUUUGAGGCUGAAAACACCGAACAAAUUUGGUUUGAUACAAACCUAAAGCGUACAGUACACAACCACAGCUGCUGUUCCUAUUUACGCAUUUUGGAAAACUAUCAGACUGACCCCUACGAUAAAUGUAACAAAUCAGCAAUGUUCCCCGUCGUCAUGGUGUGUGGCAAGCGGAGGCGGGCGGGGGCGAGGUGGGGGAAGAGAGCAGCGCGUGCGAGAACCCGCCGCUCCUGCCGGUGCCUGCUGAGGUGGCACCGGCUAGUGAGACUUCAGCUUUAGGCCGCAGUGGACGGUAGUGGACGAGACUCGCUGGGUGCUCGUGGCAGACCCUCUGAGGCUGCUGACACACUUGGCUCUAUUCUGGUUAGCGUGCAUUUGUGGAGAGCUUUUAUUUCCGUUGAAGUGAGACAUGUGGACUUGCAGAACAAUGAUACAACAUACUGACUGUCAUUAGGGUGUCGAUGUGGUGAGUGUGAGGCGUCUUGAAGCGUUGUGAGGAUCAUCCUACUUGACCGGUUUGAAAAUGGUGCCCCGAAGAUUGCCGCAGCCCGAAGGAUCACACCUGGGCUGCGGGCAGUGGCUCGGCAGCGGAGGGAAUUAUGAACAGGAGUAGAUGGGCGAUGAAAAGUUCACUGAGCAGGCCAGCACCGACAGCCUCUGGCAGAGUGGGGAUCUGAAAGGACUCGCCAGUCAUGACAGUCUUACGAGAAAGGAAGGAGGAGAACCGCUCUUCUUCAGGAUUGAGGAUGCACUUCGCCGCCAGGCCGCUGAAGGCAGUGGGAAGGAACUCACCGGGCCUCUGGUGUCACGGUCCGAUAGACCUGCUUCAGUCUCGACGUUUGAGGGCGUGAAGGACUGCGGUACUAAACAGAGAAGAUGUUUCCCUUUCCCUUGGAAGGCGCGGGAAGUGAAAUCAAAGGAAUCCCAGGAGAAUGGUCAUCCCCGCCCCAAAACACACUUUGCCGCAACUCCCACCCUCGAAAAUCCCUCCAACGACCUGUCCAUGCAGGUGUCCGGAGAGGGACGUAAAAGACCGACCUCCAACAUAGGAGCUUGGCUUGUAAGCGAAUCUAAUGACAUCUGCCAGCUGGAUCUCACCCUUGCCCACAACGCCCGCAGCAACCACGACAAGGCUGUGGGGGACUUCACUUCGGUCACCUUCGAACUCGAGGAUUUUAGUGAUAUAGAGGAAAACAAUGAAAUCCCCGGUAGUGCGCUGUCACUCCCCAACACUCAGGAGGCCGACACCAAGCUCCAGGAGGCCCGGCCUUUCAUUUCAAAGGAAGAUUCGCUCUUCGUGACGUCUCAUUCUCUUGGUCACCAUCUGCCUCCACUUGAGAAACAGGUGGUGCUUGAUAGCGAAAUCAUCACAAACUCUAGUCUCAAUCUCGAGUCAUGGAUGUCCCGCCUUCCCCGGGUCCUCCAACAGCUGCCUCUCAAUCAUCUCUACAUCCCAGGGUCGCACGACUCCUUCAGCUACAGUCUUAAUCCCGAGAGCGAGGUGGCACCCGACGCGCCAGACCCGGUGAAGGGACUGAUGAGGGUGGUUCCUUGCCUGGCCCGCCCCGCCCUCCUCCGCUGGUCCGUCACUCAGCGGACAACCGUCACUGAACAGCUUCGUCAUGGUGUUAGGUACUUCGACAUACGAGUAGCGGCGCGAGGCUCCAAGUUCUAUUUCGUUCAUGGUCUCUUCGGCGCCGACUUGCAGCCUCUCCUGUCUGAGGUGCGUCUCUUCCUGGCUCAGCAUCCCGGCGAGGUGGUGCUCCUUGACUUCCAACACUUUCACGGCCUGGAGAUGGAUGACCACGCCGCCCUCAUCGCCUUACUUAGGUCCACUUUCGCCACCACACUCUGCCCGGUGUUCACUUACCUACAGAACCUCAAUCUCGAUAUUUUGGCGCGGCUCAAGCACCAGGUACUGGUGUUCUACCGUCACGCAGCGGGGGAGGACGCCGCCUCGUGGCUAUGGCCCAGCGAAACCCUUCCCAACCCCUGGCCCGCCGCCGUCACUGUGUCCUCCAUGCUUAGAUUCUUGCGGGCCAGACUUGCAGCUCGCGACCCUGACACCUUCUUCGUCACGCAGUGUGUUCUGACGCCCACGGGGAGCUACCUGGCGAGGCGCUUAUGUGGCAACCUGGAGGCGAACCUAGCCAUCCCAACCAACCAGGUGUUGCCCGACUGGGUGAAGGGUCUGCCUAGCGGGACGCCAGGCGCCAAUAUUGUUAUGGUUGACUUCGUGGAACACAACUCUUGGGAGGUUCCACGCGCUGUCAUCAACAAAAAUAUGGAAGCUCUUCUGCCGGCUCCCGCUAAGUUCAAAGCGCAGCACACGAUGUAAGAAUGACAUCAGGAUGGAGUAGUGUAGCUCAAGUCUCCACAGACCACUCGGUAAAUACUGAAUACUAGGGUGACUUGAACCAAUGAUAACAUGAUUACGGUAGCAGCCACAGAUGGCGUCACUGUCAGCCUUUUGUUGACAGUGCAGGUCGGGGGUCUGAUUUUGAUGUGUUACAUUCUAAUCUAUCUGCAUACAGUGGUUCAACUUUGCAGAUCUUAAAGUGAAGAAAGAAUUUAUUGACACUUCAUUAUGUCCAAAUUCUUAAUUUUUGCUCCAUUUGGUGUUAUUUAUCCCAGAUCUGCGACCUCUGCCUGUGUCAACCUGUUUGUUCAAUGGGAACCCUUGGAAUAUUUUCCAUCUCUCAGGAAACUCUUGCGUAAUAAUCAUUCUCUUCGAUUCACAUUAUAUUUGUUUAGAUUACUUUACAUGCAAGGAACAUCUUGCCUCCUGUAUGACUGUAGUGUAAGUAGAGGAAAUUUUAGUGGUUUCGAUUUCUUAUCUUCUUUUUUUUAUUUAAUUAUUUCUGUCUUUGCCCAUUUAUAGUACGAGUAUGCCUAAAACAUUACCGUAGAUUUCUUAUAUACAGGAUGACGUAUAAAGCAUUGCACAUUCUGUUAAACUAGACGAUUCCUAUGAAUAUUUAUAUGCUUGUUUAGGGAGAAAAUUUGUUUACACAUAUAAGAAGCUGCAGUUGGGAGAGUAUGCUGAUUUACAGCAGGACACUGGUGAAAAUAUCCACUGUUUUCGAGAAAGAAUAGUAGUCACUCUUUGGUAAAGGUAGUUCAGCUUAUACGUUACGCAAUAUCUUAACACGUUUCUAAAUAUCCUAAAGUCAUCGCGAUAAAACAUUCUGUUUUUCUAAUAUUGUUCGUCGAGUGCUUCAUACCCGCCGGUAGGGUUUGUUAGUAGCGAGUAGUGCGCGGCGUGGAGCGCUUGUGCAGUGCGACAUAAGGCACACAGGACAGUAUUCUGAAACACUUCUGUGCAUCACUUCCCCUACAUUCAAAAGACUCUAAUUAAGGUCACACGGAUUUUUAAGGGUGUUUUUGUGGUUCUAGUGAUAGAUUAACAAUAUUUCUACAUUAUUAACAGGAGAAACGCUCUUAGGAAUCAGGUUAAUCAUCUCUGUGGCCUUUGAAAAUAGUCGUGGUGAGAAAGCAAAACGUUUCAGAAUACUGGCCUGUAGAGAAACACUAUAGAGACACGCUGAAUGUAAAACUUAUAGCAAAUGACACAUUAUGCGGCGUGGACGACACUGCGCAUUGUGACAGCUACCUCAGUGAACGGGGAGCGCAGUUCCUCACCAAAACAAAGUGGCGCCACUCUUGCUGAUGACCUGCGGCGUGUGUUGAUGUGGCAGCGGUGCAGGCAGUACAUUCCCAUGCCGUAAUGAGUCCUGGAGUCAAAGUGAUGUCCUGUGAUUUCUUUUUCUGCCUUUACCACACAAGCUCUCUCUCUCUCUCUCUCUCUCUCUCUCUCUCUCUCUCUCUCUCUCUCUCUGACAUGUUCAUUCGUCGUCAGUGUAGUAAACUUUAAUUAGACUAGAUCUGCACCACUCAGUCCAGGACCUUACCUAUUCCUGUGCCAAGCCAGAGUACAACGUUGUUUUCACUGUUACUUCAAUCCGUAAGGGGAAAUCCAGGUUAAAAUCCCCUUGAUAGCAGUGAGUCGGCGUCUUUCUUCCCAAGUUUAUUCUAUAGUCUUGCCUCUUGCCUUUGCUCUGAACCGCCAGUCCUAUUUCCAGGGCAGGACAUAGAUUCAGUAUUGGUCACGUCAUCACAUCACCAACCGUCAUGUUGAUUUGUUGCCUCCACGGUAUUCAUGAUAAGAAUCUCAGUCACACGGGUCAGGCUGCUUGUGUACAGAAGUCUAUACCUUUGCUGUGUGUAUGUGGUAUGUCCCUGAAAUUUUUUUUUUUGUUGUGUAUGUGUUCAGAUGCUGUUGGAGCGUGAAGGUAAAAUAUUUGGACAUGUCAAGAGUUUGGAAAUCUGUCUAUCUGUUUAUAUACAUCUGUCUGUGUACCAGGCUAACAUACUUUUUAGGUGGGUAGCCGAGACAAAACGUGUAAAUCAAAGCUGAAAUUUGUCUGGGUAUUAUAUUGAAUGUAAAGUAGUAAAAUUUAUGCUGAGUGAUUCAUUGCAUUUAUUUCUUCAACUAAAUAUAUCAUCGAUUUCAAAGCAUUCAUUUUAUAUAUAUAUAUAUAUAUAUAUAUAUAUAUAUAUAUAUAUAUAUAUAUAUAUAUAUAUAUAUAUAUAUAUAUAUAUAUAUAUAUAUAUAUAUAUAUAUAUAUAUAUAUAUAUACACUGCCACAAAGACUUUCAAUCAGAAUUUUACCACGUGAAUCAAAGUAUCUAAUUUUGCCACUUUGCUUCCUCUCAUUCGUGUUUCUGUAAAUUAAUCUAUGUGAAAGUUAUUAUUAAUUCUAGAUGAGAUUAAGGAGAUGUGGGGUUCUUUUUCAAGGAAAAGUUAGGUUUGUUUAGGUAGAAUUAGGACAGCUGAAGUUAGAAAAUGAAUUGAAGUGACGACUGAUCAUAAUUGGUAUAAAACAUGAUGAAUGCAAUUAUUAAGUAGAGAGCCCGUAUCUCCUUACCCUCAGUCGUGUAUUGAAACAGUUUCGGCUGUUGUGAGGACUAUUUUCAAAGACCACGUAUACAGAUGAUUAGUCGAGUUCUAUUGGGUGUUUUCCCCACUGAUGGUGCAGAAUCCUUAAACUAUCACCAGAAUCAUGAAAACACUCCUGAUAAUUCCAAUUACUUUCAGUACAGCCUGUUACAAUUAGUCGAGAGAGGUGCCAGACGUAGAAUGUGAUCAAACAUUUCCUCGGGUAUACUUUUCAAUAUUUCCUCCGUCACUGCCUUGAUGCGAGUUCUUCACCACCUCCUUGUUUACCUCAUCAGUGUUCCUCACGUGUUGUUAAUUAGUCGUAAGUGUGACAUCACCAUUCGUGAAACCGCGCAUCAGGAGUCACCUCAGAGGGUCAGUGAGUUGAGUUAAGGGUUCCGUCGCCAGGGUCUCUCGUGUCACUUCUAGUCAGCAGCCUCAGUCGGCACGAGCAGACAACGUGGUUCCCUUGGUAUUGGUGUGAUUAGCCCCGUAUUCUGAAACACUGCUCUCUUAUCACGAUAAUUUCAAAGGCAAUAGAGACGAUUAGCCGGUUUCUCAAGAGUGAUUCUCCUGUUAAUAAUGUAGAAAUCUUGUUAAUCUUUCACUAGAACCGCUAAAACAUCCUUGAAAAUCCGUAUACUUCAACCAGAGCCUUUUGAAAGUAAUUAAGGUGCUACGCAGAAGUGUUUCAGAAUAUGGUACUGAACCCGGUGAUAGUGCGUCAAGACGAGCUGGACUGUCCUCUGCACACUGCCCAGGUGACUUUGGUUUGGUUAAGUUUGUCGUUGAUUAGAAGCUGUAACUGUGAUAGUCUCCGGAGGGUCGGGAACAGCAGCAGGGCCUGAUUAAGGGUGUUAUUUCAGAGUGACGCUUGUCUCAUUCUAGCUUAUAAUUACUCGUCAGCAAGUUCACCUCAUGCUUAGCUUAGUUCUGUACGUCAAAAAUGAUGAUGAUGAUGAUGAUGAUGAUGAGGAGGAGGAGGAAGGUUAUGACGGUAUUGGUGUAUAUUGCAGUGAUGUGUGUGGUGCUAUUUAUUGGAUUUUACUUAUUAAUUUAUUCUUCUUUUUUUUCUCUCUCUCGUUCGCUAGAGUAAGACAGGUGUAAUUCUGUAAAUGUAUCCAAUUAUGGGUGCCCGAGCCCCGCCUCACUUGUAUAUACUGUCCGUUGGCCUUGUUUGCACACACACACACACACACACACACACAGAAUUACUAGAACGUGGUUAUAUAAAGUUUUCUCAGUGUUGGUUUCUUCUUUGCUUUCCUUCCUUUUCUUUCUUGUUGCGGUGUGUUCAGGAAAGGUCGGUUCCAGCUGUCAGCGUUGCCUCGAUACGGUGGACGGCAGGCAAAUCAGUCCGCUGUGGUGUUAAGGGUGUUCCUUCACGGAGUGUUAUUCUGCGGCUAGGCUAGGGUGUAAAUAUUGUUGGAGCUGUUUCCCCCACUCUCUCUCUCUCUCUCUCUCUCUCUCUCUCUCUCUCUCUCUCUCUCUCUCUCUCUCUCUCUCUCUCUCUCUCAACUAAAAA